AUGAUCGAUGCCUUUGGAUUGUGGUCUGUGUCCAUCAAUGCGUACUGCAAUCGUGUCACCACCGUUUUCCAAAGCGAACUUGGGUUAUGCACGAAAACGAAAAUCAAACUCGAGCUCAAGCAUGACGCAGUAUCAACAUUCCGCCCCAAACGUCCCGUGGCAUACGCCAUAUGUAGUGCUGUGGAUGACGAGUUGGAUAGGUUGGAGCGCGCCAAGAUCAUUACACCGAUUGAUUUUUCGAACUGGGCGGCCCCGAUCGUAGUCGUCCGCAAGCCCAACGGUAACAUCCGAAUUUGUGGGGACUAUUCUACCGGUCUCAAUGGUGCCCUGCAAUCACACCGGUACCCUCUCCCGUUGCCGGAAGACAUUUUCGCCAAGCUAGGCAACUGCACCGUCUUCAGCCAGAUCGACCUGUCUGACGUCUUCCUCCAGGUGUAA